AUGCACAGAACUUAUUCAUUGAGAUCAUCUAAAGCACCAACUGCUUCUCAAUUGCAAUCCCCACCACCACCAACUUCCUCAACCAAGAAUCGUUUUUUCGGUUCCAAAGGAAUUGCUUCUUCAUUUAGAAAAGGGUUUGCCGGGGCCACUGGACCAGAGUUACUGAGAAAGUUGGCUCAGUACAUCAAAAUUGAAAAAAAUGUUAUGAGAGCCAUCGAGUUAACUGCCAGGGAACGUCGUGAUGUUGCUAAACAAUUGUCAUUAUGGGGGGAAGAAAAUGACGAUGAUGUUUCUGAUGUUACCGAUAAAUUGGGGGUUUUAAUUUAUGAAAUUGCUGAAUUGGAAGAUCAAUAUAUCGACAAAUAUGACCAAUACAGAAUCACUUUGAAAACAAUUAGAAACAUUGAAGCUUCUGUUCAACCUUCAAGAGACCGUAAGCAAAAAAUUACCGACGAAAUUGCUCAUUUGAAAUAUAAAGACCCUCAAUCUCCAAAAAUUUCUGUCUUGGAACAAGAAUUGGUAAGAGCCGAAGCUGAAUCCUUAGUUGCCGAAGCUCAAUUAUCUAAUAUCACUAGAGAACAAUUGAAGGCUGCCUUUAAUUAUCAAUUUGAUGCUACUAGAGAAUUGGCUGAAAAAUACGCUUUAAUUGCUGGUUACGGUAAAGCUCUUUUGGAAUUAUUAGAUGACACCGCUGUCACUCCUGGUGAAACUAGACCUGCUUAUGAUGGUUACGAUGCCUCUAAACAAAUUAUCAUUGAUGCCGAAAACGCUUUGGCCGGUUGGACCUUGGAUGGUGCCGCCGUUAAACCAACUUUAUCUUUACAUCAAUCAGAAUACGAUGAAGAAGAACCAAACCCAGAAGAAUUGGAAGGUGCUCAAGAAGAAUUUGCUAAACACGAUGAAGCAAAUGGCGUUCUCGAAGCAAAAUAA